GCGAGCUUCUUUUCAUUCCGGGACACCCUUGGUCUUGACCGCCAUCCCCUGCGCACAGCUCGCGACACCACGGGACGACGCGCCUUGCGCCUCGCAGCCUUGAGACGAUCAGCACGCCUUUGCAUCGUUUUUGCUUGUCAACUGGCCCCUUAUGAAGCCCGCAAAUUCGACGCCGAGGCGACACCAUUCGCAGCAUCAUUCUCAUCGCCGUGCGACAAGUCGUUCUCGUCCCGCUGCUCCCGCUAGACGGCCUUCAGCGAUUCAAAGAUUCCUGAGGAAGAUGCCUUCGCCGUUUAACAUCGUGCGAGCCUGUAUUUAUGUCGCCGUUCUAAUAUGGACGGUCGUAUGCUUGGCGAUUGCUGGACACUUUCAGAGCAGGCUGAUUGCCUCUGAUCUCACUCAUUUUGUCCCUUUCGCCAUCUUCGUGUGCAGCGCAACACUCCUGGUCAUGGCGGUCUUGCUGGGAUUCACCUUCAAGAGGAGUCAGAGUCCAAUUUCGACGAAAAUCGAGUUGGCAUGUCUCGGUCUUGUUGGCACAUUCUGGCUAGCCCUUGGUGUCUUCUUGGCCACUUCAGAAUCCGAAGCGGCCGAUGUUGAGUGCUUCUCCGACGCUGACGCUACCACUCCCGUGGACGUGUCGGACUUCUCGACAGAGACAUAUCAAGCGCAAUAUCAUGUUCUUGAAGCUUUCUCGUUAUUUAACGCCAUUCUCAUUUGGGGCUUUGGUUUAUUGUUAUUGGGUUGCGCUCUACGGUUCCACUUUAAAGGGCGGAAGCAUGUAUGGACUAGGCCGGCGACUACGACCCACUGGUUCAGGAAGAUCACGCCGCUGAAGGAGCUGCAACUUCCCGCGCCAGCCACAGCAGGACGCGUCGGCCGCACACAAUCACGUUCACGACCACAAGGGCCUGUCCGGGGUGACAGCUCACGCAGUCGGGGAGAGAAGACGUAUAACGAGAAGAGCGCGCCAAUCGCCUCCAAGUAUGCGUCGAAACGGGAUGCAAGCGUUCCUCCAUUACCGUCUCUCCCUUACCGGCCUCAGAGAGCCCACACGACAAACAGAUAUGACAAGUUCCACAGGGAAGCCUCGCCCCGGCGACGAGCGGGCUACAUCGUGGUACUGCUCUUUUCCGCGGUCGUGCUAGGAAUCGCUGGCUACUUUGCCAACAUAUUCCUCCCGAACAUCAAUCGCGACUUUGUCAUCUUUGCUUUGAUCGUACCCUCACUGAAUAUACUUGCCUUCAUUCUAACAUUACAAUGGUCUCGUCCCCGCCUUGAAGCAUUCUGGCUGUUUGUCCUCGCUGCUUUAUGGCUUGCUAUGGGUGCAUGGUCAGCUGAUCUUAUCGGCUAUGUCGAAUGUUCUUCCAUUUUCGGUCAGCGGACGCAGACAAAAUCGGGCAGCAUCUCCUCGCGUAGUUACUGCUAUGAGAUGAAAGUGAUCGAGGCGUUUUCUUGGGCGAACUUCUGCCUGCUCACCAUAUUCUUUAUUAUCCUUCUCAUGCUGACAAGCCGCGCGCAAGCCCUGGGCCGUCCCUUUGCCUGGCAGGAGAAUAUCAUUGAGCUUCCCUGGUUUGGACAGAUGCCGGGAUAUCCUGGAGGAGCCUACAUAGGUAGCUAUCAAAAUGGCGCCAACGGGGCCUAUCCCAUGCAGCAGCAAAUGAUGCUCCCUCCCAACGCAUUCGUGAUUCAGCAGCAGCCAGGGCAUUCUGUUGUGAUCCAGCCUGGUCCAGGAGGACAGCCUCCCGUCGUAAACCAGAUCCCUAGCACCAACGUCUGAUGUGUAUUCCUCCAGACAAGGUUGGCCUCCGGAUAAACGGGGAGGUGAAGCGGCCUGACGAGACUUGGACUCUUCAGUCAUCAUUCUCGCUUAGAUUGAUGGGACGCUCCGUACUUACAUGAUUUAUUUACGGAUCUAACGUACUAUACGGCUCUUCUAUAGAACGAUUGCAAUGCAUCUAUGUUGUGCUUAGACUGCGGAA